AUGACCCAAAGAGGAGCCCACCACAUCGUGCACGACCCGGUGGUGUUCCGCGCAGGGCCCGUCAAGAUUUCUCUUUCACAAUUGAAGUAUGUAACCUUCACCAUCAUUGGAAUCGCUCUACUCUGGCCAUGGAAUUGUUUUCUUUCGGCUUCAGCAUACUACGGAGACCGAUUUACCCACUCACCAUCGUUGGUUAAAAUGUACUCGUCGACCAUGAUGUCCGUGUCGACUAUCAUGUCUACAUGCUUCAACUAUUACUUGUCACAAAUCCAGAGUGGAGUCAACUACAACUUCAGGAUCAAUGCAGGCCUCGGUAUCACGAUUGGUGUGUUUAUCUUCAUGGCAUUUUCGUGUGUAAUGGAUGUGUUUAUCCGUAUGGACGACUUGGUGUUUUUUGCUGGUCUCAUGGUGAUGGUGCUCGUGAGUGCUAUGGCAACCUGUCUUGCCCAGAACGGAACCAUGGCCACUGUGAAUGUGCUUGGCCAGUUGUACACAAACGCUGUCAUGGUGGGACAAGCUAUUGCGGGGACACUCCCAUCGGUGGCGUUGAUUAUCUCCAUCUUGUUGGUGGGAGAGAAGGGAAUCAAAUCGGAAGAUGCAAAGGAGGGAGACAAUGACUACUACGUCCAGAAGAACUUUGGAGUUUUCAUCUACUAUAUUACUGCCAGUUUGGUUUCCAUUGUUUCUAUCGCAUUGCUCGCGUUGACAAAUCACUAUCGAACUGAUGCAAUCUACAAGGCUUUGGAUGAGGUCAUGAAUGAAGAACACGUAGGAGAGAAUCCUGACGAAGACGAGGAGCCCGAAGUCAUGAUUCAAGAGAAAUACGUGCCUUUUGGUGUGUUGUGGAAAAAGCUUCACUUGAUUGUUCUGACGAUUUUCUUAACUUUCUGCAUUACCUUGCUGUUCCCAGUAUUUGCUUCUAUUGUGGAGUCAGUUAACACUGACCUGAAGUUCUUCCUCUUCAAGAAAAGCAUUUACAUUCCAUUUAUAUAUUUGGUGUGGAACUUGGGUGAUCUUCUUGGGCGGAUUUUAUGCGGAGCAACCAACUCUAAGUUUCUUAUCCAGAACCCAAAAGUGCUCAUCUGGUACUCAGUGGGUCGCUUACUCUUCAUUCCUUUGUUCAUGACUUGCAACAUUCACCCCAAGGGGCAACUGGCACUCAUUCCUUCCGACUUUUGGUAUGUGAUGCUCCAGUUCUUGUUUGGGUUGUCCAAUGGCCAGUUGUGCACUUCGUGCUUCAUGGUGGUCGGAGACCACUGUGACGACGAUGACGAGAGAGAGGCUGCUGGUGGCUUUACUACCGUUUUCUUGAGCGUGGGAUUGGCUGCUGGUAGCUUGUUGAGUUAUCUCUUGGUAUUGGUUGUGGACUAG